GCUGGGAACGGCGACGUAUGAUCAGAAAUAUAUGAAAAACCCGAAGCAAUGUCAGAUUUCUUUCCUGAAGAAAUCCUAGAAAAAAUCCUGUUGAGGCUGCCCGUCAAAACCCUAAUCAAAUCCACCACACUCUGCAAGUCAUGGUUGUCACUGAUCAAAACCUCUACCUUCGUUCAAUCCCAUCUCUGCACCACAAUCGAUUCCAACAAUCAAACCAACGCUCACCUCCUCCUCCUCAGCGCUUUCUCCCACUCCAAAGAAAACAUGUGUUAUGAGCAUCACUGGUUGCAUUGGGAUAGCCCUGAAUUUGGUCAGUAUCCCAAGCUUUCCAAUCCAUUCCCCCUCUUCUCAGACGAAAUCGGUCCGCGUGUUUUCGGAACCUGUAACGGGCUUGUGUGCCUUGAGAGUUAUAAUUGGCGCAUCAGGUCUUGUUCUCCCGCCGUGAUUUGGAAUCCUUCCAUUCUAAAGAUUGUGAAGUUUCCUACACCGCCUCCUUGUUUUACCUCUACCAAAUACCUCCAUUACAGAAAACACCAAUCGCAUGGCUUUGGCUAUGAUUCACAUUCUAAUGACUAUAAGGUUUUGAGAGUUGUUAGUCUUUCUGAUGAUCAUUCGGAUGUGUCCCGAUUCACCACUGUGGUUCAGGUUUACUCCUUGGCCAGGGGAUCUUGGAGGAGUCUUAGUGCUUCUGCUGUUCCGGUGGAUUUGCAAGCCGGUGGUUCGGAACGUCCUGAUUUUGUUAAUGGCUGUUUGCAUAUGCUUGAAGUACGUUUAGAUGUGUAUUACGAUGAUCAUCACCAAGAACACCGUAAGCGUGGAGGAGACUUCAUUGCCUACUUUAAUCUCACCACUGAAGUAUUUGGUGAGAUAAUGAUACCGGAAGCUUUGCGAAGAGAUGACUGCUCUAGAUCGAGAUAUGAAGAGUCCCUUGCCUUGAUUAAGGAUAAACAGUAUAAUCCGAAUGAUCCAGCUAAUUGUGGUUGUGACAUUUGGGUUAUGAAAGAGUAUGGUGUAGCAGAGUCGUAGACUUUUUUGUACAAUAUAGCUCUGGUUCAAGGUACUGUGUAUGGGUUUAAAAGGUGUGGGGAGGUUGUGCUAGAGGAGAUGGAUAGUGUUGAUCAGACAAGAAUGGUUUCUCUGGAUCCUAAGAGCAAACAAGUUAAGGUUUUUGGAACUGGGAAUUGUUCUUACUAUUUCAUGGAUUCUUUUGUAGAGAGUCUUGUCUUGCUUGAUCACCCCGAAGCCAUAUCUUACCAGUGAGAAAUAAAUUUUGGCAGUGAGCCGGUACCAUGAGCAGCACUCGUUUCUUCUCAGUUAUCUCUGACGUGUGAACUUGGGCA